AUGACCCAGGACCGGCGCGAUAGCGGAGCAAGCCAGAGUUCAUUAAUCAGUUACCGGAGUGUUGAGCCACAGGGCCCAGGAACACCCGACCAUCAUGUUGAGGGUCAAGCAGCCAAUGUGUCGAAGAACAGUCCGAGCAGUGUCUCGCUCUCCCGCCAUCAUCGGGUCCACUUUAGCACAGACCUGAGCUACGAAUACGGCGACGUCAAUGCUGAAACCGAGGGCUCGCCUGAGGCGGCACCACCGGAGGGUGGCUAUCGAACCACGCAGGGGUCCGUAGAUAUCACCGAGGAGCGGCCUAGGAAGCGGUCUGUAUUUUCUAAUCGCUCUCAUGGUACAAAUAGUGUGGACUUUGGGGAAGUGUCGCCUACUAAACCCGCUCAUCCGAGUCAGGGGGGUUCCUUUCUCAGCAGAGUAUAUGGGCUUCGACAUACCGUGACGGAUAAAGCGAGAGACUGGGCGGCUCGUCUUGGACGCCCGCCGUCUGAUGAGCAGGAUGUGCGGGAUAUACAGCAUCGUCCUGACUCGGGUGGACACAGCGGGCCGGCUCUUUCUGAGAAAGGGUAUGAGCAGGAUAGAUCGAGCUCUGAGGCUCAUCGUCUCGUUCGGGAAAUGUCUCAUGACCGGUCUGUUUAUCAUCGUCCUGGACAUGGAAAGCCAUAUCCGCAUAAGGGUCCGGAGUAUUGGGGAAGUCCUGGUGAUGCGUGGAAUGAUCGGAGACUCCGACGCAGUGGCAGUACUGGGGGUGUUUUAUCCCAGCUGCUGAAAUUGAAUGGGGCUCUAGACCACUCACACAUCGGUGGACCUUCAAAUACUAGUCAGUCACCUAGACAGAUGGAGACUCCUUUGGGUAAAAGGAAAUGGUAUAAAAAACCGCCGAAUAUGUCACCUAAUACCCUUGCUGGCUCUACAACCAAUAUCAGCGGGACAAGCACACCGGUCUCGAGUGAAGUGCUCACCGCUGCUUCGAAGCGGCGCAGCAAGCAAUCGCUGGGAAAUAUGCGCCUGGAGGACGAGAUAGAGAUUACCUUACAGAUUGCGCAAAUUAUCGCUCGAGAACGAUAUAUCAUGCAGCUAUGCAAGGCACUCAUGAUGUUCGGCGCCCCCACGCAUCGAUUAGAAGAGUACAUGCAAAUGACUGCGAAGGUACUAGAAGUGGAUAGUCAGUAUCUCUAUGUGCCCGGCUGCAUGAUAAUGUCCUUUGAUGACCCAUCGACACGAACCGCAGAGGUCAAACUAGUCCGAGUCUCCCAAGGCGUCGACCUAGGACGUCUCUCCGAAACCCAUAACGUCUAUAAAAACGUUAUCCACGACGUGAUCGGCAUCGAGGAGGCUAUCCAAGAACUAGAAGACAUAGUGAAACGCAAACCGCGGUACAGCAAAAUAAUAAUCGUCUUGGUCUGCGGCCUCGCCACAGCCAUGGUCGGACCCUUCGCCUUCGGUGCCAGACCAAUCGACAUGCCCAUCAUCUUCUUCAACGGCUGUCUCCUUGGAGUAAUGCAACACAUCAUCGCCCCCCGCUCAGUCCUCUACAGCAACGUCUUCGAAGUAACAGCCGCAGUGCUAACCUCGUUCAUCGCCCGAGCCAUCGGCAGCAUAAUGACAACCAUCCACGGCACGCACCAAUACCUCUUCUGCUUCUCCGCCAUCGCCCAAUCCUCCAUCGCCCUUAUCCUCCCGGGCUACACAGUCCUCUGCAGCAGCCUCGAGCUCCAGUCCCAGAAGAUCGUCCCGGGCUCCAUCCGCAUGGUCUACGCAAUCAUCUACUCCCUCUUCCUGGGCUACGGCAUCACAGUCGGAACAACCAUCUACGGCCUCAUCGACCGCAACGCAACCUCAAAGACUACGUGUCCAAACGUCCUGGGCUUCAAAAACCCCUACGUCGCCCGCUUCCCCUUCGUCAUCGCCUUCUCCAUCUGCCUUCUAGUCAUCAACCAGGGGAAGUGGAAACAGGGCCCCGUAAUGAUCGUCAUCGCCUUCGCGGGCUACGUCACUAAUUACUUCGUCACAAAGCGUCUCGGCACAAAUACCCAGGUUGCGAAUACCGUCGGCGCCUUCGCUAUAGGCGUUAUGGGGAACCUGUACAGUCGUAUCUGGCACGGUCAUGCCGCGACAGCUAUCUUACCCGGGAUUUUUGUCCUGGUGCCCUCCGGUCUGGCGGCAUCUGGAUCGCUGAUUACGGGUGUUGAAUCGGCAGAUGAGAUUCGGUCGAAUAUCUCUAGUAGUAGUGGACAUGGGGGCAAUCAGUCUGUUGGGGUUGGAUCGGGGAAGCAGAAGUCCGUGCAGGAUUUGGGGUUCGGGAUGGUGCAGGUUGCGAUUGGGAUUACGGUGGGGUUGUUUGUGGCUGCUUUGGUGGUUUAUCCGUUGGGGAAGAGGAGGAGUGGUUUAUUUAGUUUUUAA